AUGGUUGACCAGCCUUCUGCUGUAGUUUCCGUCUAUGCUGAUCGUGUCUAUUUUCGGGUCAAUGUUGGUCUGCCUAGGCUUUUGCGGUUCCUCAUGGAAAAUGAUUUAUCUGAAGGUACCUCUAUCAUUGUCCAAGGCCGACUUCGAGUGGAUACAUAUACCAAUUCUAGAGGUGUCCGAGCAACCAGUCUAGCUGUCAUCGCCCAAAGAAUGCGGUUAGACUCGAGGGUUUCGUUAACAGUAACUGGUUCUGGUAUCGAAAGUUCGAACAUGGAUGUCUCUGCUACUGAGGUCAUCAACGGCCUUAGAGCUGCAAACCUACUUCAAGAUGCGCAGCAAAUGACCCAAUUGACGCCAAACCAACAUAUCCUAUUAGCAGCAAUCGAACAAAGCCAACUCGUUGUAAAUUCCGGAGCAAUCGCCACAGACCUUUUGUCAAGACUCCAACCAUUUAUUGAUACCAUCAUCCGUAGGGAUCCUGCUCUUCGGGCUGAACAGAUUGUUUCCUUGUUGCCUGAUGGUGUUACUCUCUCCCAAGCUCGAACUUUCCUAGAUGAAAUUACCCCACCAGCUCCUAGUGCUGAUAGCUCCCGGGCUUCCUCUAGAAUUCAAUAUAGAAGACCAAUAGAUGUAAACUCUGACUCUGAUUAA